AUGGAGAUCUCCGCUGCGUGUGUGAGUGCCUGUUCCCGCUGUCACUGCACUGGCUGCCUAUCUCUCAGUACUCUCGUGGCUUAUGAGAGCUGCUCCAGUGGCUGGAUGGUACCACAGCACCAGCUGAAUACAUGGAUGAACACUGGAUCUACUGGGGAUCUGUGCUUUCUUAUCCUUUGCACCUCUGAUCCGUUUCUUAAGGAAAUAUGGUGAGCAAAGAGGACACAACAUGUGUUCUCUCAAAUUCAGAUGAAUCAGACUCAGAUACAGGCCUAUCACACUCUGCACCGUCCGGAUCAGAAGCAGCCAAGCAGCAGGUGAAGAAAAGAAACAAAGCACUUCAAGUACGUUUCAAGGAUAUCUGCGAGGCUCAGAAGGAUCAUCGGGGAAGACACUCAAGGUCCAUAUCCUGUAAAGUGACACACAGGAAGUACAUGACCAUGCCUGCUAGACGCUCUAUUCCAAAUGUUACCAAGAGUACUGGUGUCCAGACCUCUCCAAACCUCACCAAGAGAUACAAGACUUUCCCAUUUGAAAAGAAAAAAGGACACACAUUUAAACAUAUUGCUUUGGUGGAAGAUUACAGAGGACAAAACAAUGGGUUUUUGAGUGAUAUAAAGACAGGUGGAGAGGACGGACAACCUAUUGGAGAGUCGUCAAAGUACAAGGGUAAGAUUGUGGGGCAGACAAAAGCCCUGCUACAUCACACAGGUGAGAGUAGUGACACAGAUGAUUUACUUUCCAGGGCCAACUGUGUGGAUGGACUCUUGAGUCCAGACUCCUCACAUUUCUCAGAAGAGGGGCAACUGAGUAGUCCUCCUUCUAACAGUGCAACAGAGCAGCAGGUAUGUGGCAAGUGGACGAAACACAAAGGAUUAUCCAAAGACGAUAUGGAGGCCGGUACUUCCUCAAAGCGCCAGCUGGCCGACUAUGAGUCGUCACAGGACAAGCUAAAGGGCGCGGGUCCUGUCGCAUGGAAUUCUUGCACAAAGGUGGAGUCAAUAGGAAGCCCCUCUGUGAGCUGUAAGCGGAAAAAGGGUACACAGCUAAAUGAACAGCAGUCACGGACAUUUCCCCAUAGUGCUAAAUGCUCUGUGCAGUCACAAGGCCAGUGUCGGACAAGGCAUGUGUCAGCCUCCUCUAAACUCCAGCAAACGGUUGAAGGAGAUGAGGGAUUUCCACCAAGAGGCACGGGAGCCGCAGGCAUGGGGAGUAUACAGCAGAUAAUGCCCUUAUCUGGAGACAAGGAUAUCAAAGCACAGCUGCAGGCUAUGGAAAGCCUCAUCAACUCAAGCCAGGAGACCAUCAAGGUCCUCCUUGGAGUUAUUCAGGAGCUGGAGAAAGGUGAAGCACAGAGAGAGGGGCUGUCCUACAGAACCGGACAAGACACCGCAAAUUGUGAUACAUGCCGAAACAGCGCCUGCAUUAUUUACAGUGUUGAGCUGGACUUUAAACAACAAGAGGAUAAACUCCAGCCCCUGAUGAAGAGACUUUGCCCCAUAGACAGCCAACAAUAUCCUGCUCUGCCUUAUUCCAAUGAAGUGUUCACUUCCACCCCGAAACGCAAAUCCAAGACAGAGUCCAAGAAGCACGCUCGCUGGAAACUGUGGUUUCUCUGAAUAAAUGAUGAGGGCCUGGGGGAUGGCACAAUGACACCCUGGUUAUUCUCAAAGUGGUUGCGGAAAUAUUCAGAUGGAGGGGAUCGAUCCCAUGUGAAUGGAUGACAGAAGCCAGUUGAUUUAAGGCUCUGAGCUGAGACUGUCAGGUCAGGUUGGGAUCAGCAGA